AUGUUCACCGUAGCGCUAUUCUGCAUCGCUUGCGCAGCGUACUGGGCGUGGCGACAGAAGAACAGGAAGGUCACAGAGCCACCAUUUUUCCCAGGAGGAUGGCCCAUUGUAGGACACGCGCCUUCUCUUAUAGGAGAUAGCUGCAAACUUUGGGAUGCUGUCAACGACUUGGCCAGACAGAGCUACGAUAUCGGAGGAGUUGUGUCAGCAGCCAUCGGACCACGGACUGUUUAUAUCGUAACCGACCCAGACGACAGUUUCACAAUAGCGAAUUCUUGCCUUGAAAAGGACGGAUUUUAUGACUUCGCCAAACCGUGGCUAGGUGAAGGCUUAGUCACUGGGAAAUAUUCGAUCUGGAAGAAUCAUCGCAAGCUCCUCAAUCCAGCGUUCAGUCAGAUAUUGCUGGACACUUUCAUGGGAGUCUUCAACAGUCAGUCCAGGAAGCUUGUCAAGGACAUGGAGAAGGAGAUAGGGAAAGGACUCUUCGACCACUGGACUUAUACGAGACAUAACGCUUUGGAAACUAUCUGCUUGACGGCCCUAGGAGUAGACUUCACAGACUCCAACCUUAAUAGCAAGUACGUGGAAGCCGCAGAGUUAAUAUUCAAUACAAUUGUGGAGCGCUUCACGAAGUUCUGGUGGCAUAGUCCCUACACCUUCGCCUGGAGCAACGUCAAGAAGAAGCAGGAUGCCUGUCUUGAGAUCCUGCAUAAUAUGUCUAACACGGUCCUCCAAAAACGAAAAUCAGAGUUCAAUGGCAAUAUCUGUGCUGCGAGGAGUAUAAUUCCAGGGUCAAAAUUCAAGCCUUUCAUGGACCUUCUGCUAGACUUGUCGGUAGAAAAGGGAGUAUUUAACGACAGAGAGAUUAGAGAGCAUGUGGACACCAUGAUCGUUGGCGGCCAUGACACUUCGGCCAAUGUGCUCAUGUUUACAAUGAUAUUGUUGGGAUCACAUCCUGAAGCACAGGAGAAGGCGUUUGCUGAAGUUAGAGAAGUGCUAGGCGAUGGAGACAGAGACGUGGAGAAGGCUGAUUUAUCAAAGCUGGUGUACUUGGAAGCUGUUCUGAAGGAGAGCAUGAGGGUGUUCACCAUCGUGCCGGUGCUCGCCAGGAAACUCGACAAAGACGUCAAGCUUAAAAACUACACCCUGUCAGCCGGUCGCACCUGUUUCUUGUUCGUAUUUGGACUCCAUAAGCACCCGAUGUGGGGGCCCGACGUGAACGAGUUUAAGCCCGAACGUUGGAUAGAGCCAGGAAAGUUGCCUGAUAACCCCAACGCCUUUGCUGCCUUUAGUGUUGGGAGACGACAAUGUAUUGGUAAAGCGUAUGCUCUGAUGUCGAUGAAGACGACCCUGGCUCACGUGGUGCGUCACUACAAGAUAAAGGCCGAUCACACCAAGGUGAGGCUGAAGCUCGACGUCAUGCUCAAACCUGACGCAGGACACUGCAUCAGCAUUGAGAGACGAUAG